UGUGUGUGUGUGUGUGUGUUUUAUUCCCACCAAUCCUUUCAAAGCCCAAAUGAAAUGGCCGCCUCUUCCAGGAAGGCCUCCGAGAUGCUUCCAGGCAGAGACAUUUGUUUGGGUUAACAACGGAUCAGCUCAUUCCAAAAGUGUUGCCAAGGCCAAGUAUGAAUUUUUAUUUGGCAGACCAGAAGAGAAAGCCCCAGAAACUAGUGAUCAUGGAGGAAGCACUUUACUCCCACCCAAUGUCACCAAUGAAUUUACAGAAUACGGGACUAUGGAAGAAAGGGGAGAAGUCCUCAGAGCUUCGCUUGAAUUUGAUGCAGAGAGUCAGCCAUGCUGCUCCCAGGGGCGGGAGCAGGGCCAGCUCUUGGUUGGCCCCCCGUUUGGUCUCGACGGCCCAACUGGAGGGGGACUGAAUCAUGAAAGGGAAGCCUCCUCCCGUAGGCACCUUAAGGAGGCAAGCUUGCCACAGCCCCUGGGCCCCCGGGUCCCCACAUCUAACACCGCAGAGGCUAGCCUGGCUUCCGGAGGACUGCAAGCACCAAAGGUACUAGAAGGAGAUGGGAUUUCUGUUUCUUCACCACGGCGAAUGGAAAAAGCGUCAAGUGCCACCCGCCGGGAAGCCCGAGGAGCCAACAGAGCAGCUGCCACUGGCCAAGAAAAGCCACCAGAAAUACCUCUUCCAGCUGAACUAAUAAAUGAGGAAAAUUUUUAUUUGAGUAUUGAAAAAGAUUUGACUGCCUUAUUAACUGGGGAAACCCAGCCAGGGUUGUCCCAAAUCACAAAUAAUAGGAGGAAAGAGACUGCCAGAGGGCAGGGGACCUUUGUGGACAAGCCACCAGGGGCCCACAAAGUAGAGGGAGCCAUUAGCUUUACAGGGGAAAAAUGGUCCGAUCUGGGGAGAAAGCAUCCAGGACUUGAUGGAGGUACGGUCCAUAGACCUGCAGAGCAGGGAAGCUCGACGGGCCGCUCUGGCAGGAUCAAACACGUAGGAUUUCAAGGGGUGGAGAUUCUUUGGACAGGGGGAGAGGAGGAAGAAAUGAGACGUUCCUCAACAGAUGUGGAGGCAUCUGUGGAAAGGACAGCCUUUUCCAAAAACAAGGAGUUUUCCAAAGUGUCAAGCCAUCCCAUUCCGUCUGUGGCUUUCUCUCAUUCAGUCAGGUUGACGGAGGGUGUUUGGGAUGAACCUUGGAAAGAUUCUUCAGAAAGGCUUGGAACUAGAUCAGGGACAUUUUCUCCAGGAGUGCUUGUAGAAGGUGGAGAGGAUGAAGUGUUUUUGAAGGAAAAUGAACAACAUCCUGAGAAGAAAUCUGUGCCAGAGGGGGAAGUGGAAAGGAUCAUUGAUCAAGAGGAAUCAACAAGAGAAGACGACGAUGUUCUGGGACCUGGGUAUACAGAGGAUUCCACGGAUGUGUAUAGCUCCCAAUUUGAAACCAUUCUGGAUAACACCUCUUUGUACUACAGCGCAGAGUCGCUGGAGACUUUAUAUUCAGAGCCCGAUAGCUAUUUUAGCUUCGAAAUGCCUCUCACGCCCAUGAUCCAACAGCGCAUCAAAGAAGGCAGUCAGUUCUUGGAGCGGACGUCAGGGCCGCAGCAGGAUAUCCUCAGCAUCUCUGCCGAUGGCGGGAUAAUGAUGGGCUACCCUGGAGAGAUCGCCAACGGGACCAGCAGGGCUGAAGACCCCAGCUACACAAAGGGGGCCCUGCAGAAGCCCUUCUGGGGAAGCAACAAUGUUGGGCUGACUACUUCCACUCAAGAUCUCCCUGGUGAAAUGGGGAGUACAGAACUUCUGGAAAAAGAAUCCCCUGAAAACCUCAGCAAUGGAACAAACAGCAACUUGGAAGCUGCUAGACGGCUGGCCAAACGUCUUUACCACCUAGAUCAUUUCAAGCGUUCAGAUGUGGCCAAGCAUUUAGGAAAGAACAAUGAAUUCAGCAAACUAGUAGCUGAGGAAUACCUUAAGUUUUUUGAUUUUACAGGAAUGACGCUGGAUGAAUCUCUCAGGUGUUUCUUUAAGGCAUUUUCUCUCAUGGGGGAAACUCAAGAACGAGAGAGAGUUUUAGUUCAUUUCUCCAACAGAUAUUUUCAUUGUAAUCCAGACACCGUUUUUUCAUCAGAUGGAGUCCAUUGCCUCACCUGUGCCAUCAUGCUCCUUAACACUGAUCUACAUGGCCAUAAUAUUGGAAAGAAGAUGACCUGUCAGGAAUUUAUUACAAAUCUCCAAGGUGUGAAUGAAGGCUGUGAUUUUCCUAGGGAGCUGCUGAAGGCUCUCUACAAUUCAAUCAAGAAUGAGAAACUUGAAUGGGCAGUAGAUGAAGAAGAGAAGAGAAAAUCUUCAGAAGGAACUGAUGAAAAGGCUAAUGGAACCCAUCCAAAGACCAUCAGUCGCAUUGGCAGCACCACUAAUCCCUUUCUGGAUAUUCCUCAUGACCCAAAUGCUGCUGUUUAUAAAACUGGAUUUUUGGCUCGAAAAAUCCAUGCAGAUAUGGAUGGAAAGAAGACUCCAAGAGGAAAGCGAGGGUGGAAGACCUUUUAUGCUGUACUGAAGGGAACAGUGCUUUACUUACAAAAGGAUGAGUACAAACCAGAGAAGGCUUUGUCUGAAGAUGACUUGAAGAAUGCAGUUAGUGUGCAUCAUGCGCUCGCAUCCAAGGCCACAGACUAUGAGAAGAAACCGAAUGUUUUGAAGCUCAAAACAGCCGACUGGAGAGUCCUGCUAUUCCAAGCCCAGAGCCCAGAGGAAAUGGAAUUAUGGAUAAACAGAAUUAAUUGUGUGGCAGCUGUGUUUUCAGCACCCCCAUUUCCAGCAGCUAUUGGCUCCCAGAAGAAGUUCAGCCGUCCACUUCUUCCAGCUACGACAACAAAAUUAUCACAGGAUGAACAAUUAAAGUCACAUGAAACCAAGCUCAAGCAGAUUUCCACAGAAUUGGCUGAGCAUCGUUCUUACCCACCUGAUAAGAAAGUCAAAGCUAAGGAAAUUGAUGAAUACAAACUGAAAGACCACUACCUGGAAUUUGAGAAAUCUCGCUACGAAAUGUACGUCAAUCUUCUAAAAGAAGGAGGCAGGAAGCUCUUGGGCGGCAGCGACAGUGAUGGGAUGGGACUGAAGAAAUCCCACUCCAGCCCAUCCUUGAACCAGGAGGCCUCUCCAGUCAGUGUCAAGGUCAAGCGCAACGUCUCGGAGAGGAAGGACUACAGACCAGAAACACCAAGCAUUAAGCAGAAGGUUACUUAGAAUCCGUUGGAGGACAGGAAGCACUGGUCAUGCAGCAAAAUAUUGUUUUUCAAGAUCUUUCUGAUAAUCUGUGGUUCAUAAAAACAAUACCAACAAAUGAUUCUGUGACUAAAUGGUGCAUUAGUAACCCUUUUUCUAUAGUCUAUUUUUUGUUGUUGUUGUUUUCUGUAUAUAUUGCCAAGGGUUCCUUUUGCUCCCUAUUUUUCUUUGCUUUGAGAAUUUGCCAUUGGACAACUGAUGCACCUUGUUUUGCAAAGGGAAGGGAAACGCUGUUUCUCCAUGAAUGAUGCGAUCCUUCCCCUUGAAUUUUCUCCUGUUUGCACACUGCUCUCUUGUUUUAUGUAUUCCUCAAGUCAGCUGUUACACUUUAAGAAAAAAAAAGUAAUCCAUUGUAAAAGACUUAACUCGAUGAGCCUUGUAGCCUUAGCUGGAGUUCAUCUAAGUCUGGAAUUAGUAGAAGUCUUUGUAAAUGAAACCUUGCACAGUCACAGAAGUGGAACUGACCACUGGUAGAAGUUAGGGGAAGGGCUCUGACACUGGGAAUGAGGAUUUCCCAACGUAAUGCAGCCUUGAGCGCAUUUUAGCACUUAGCAAGUUCUGAACCUUGCCAGUAGCAGGGGAGUAGACUAAGAAGACUGCAGGGAUUAUUAGUCUUAGGCAACUCAUGUUAGCUUACUUGAAACACCAAUUCCAUUGAGAAGUGGAGGAAAGCAGAGUGAAGUCAUUUUGUCCAGUGAAGAUUAAGGGAAGAUUCAUUUCAAGUUAAUUUUGUUUGCCCAUCAACGGCAGGCAUAGCAGCCAUUGGGGAGCUAUGUUCAUGGUUCCAGUUUUCAUCAUCAGGAACAUGACUUGGAUCUGAGGAGGAACUUGGGAUUCUGCACAGUCUGAUUAUAGCCUUUCAUACUGGCAUUAGGUUCUUUCUGAGGAUAUGUAGAUAUUUGGUUAUUUCUUGGCUGUGUGAGCAUGUAGGCAGAAGGGAGAUCUUUGCCCCCAUGUUCAACAGAGUAUUGUUGCAAAUUACUCAUUUUCUUAGGUUUACACAGAGAAAUGAAUAAAUAAGGAAAAAAAAAAAACUUUACAAAAUAGACAGUUCUCAAGGGGUCUGGAAUGAUAAUCUGGUCUUAAUAACCCAGAAAAAAUUGUUUAUGUAUAGUGAAAUCUAGAUCGUAGCUGCUGGAAAUCUGGUGGUUGCAAAUGGGUGACCACUCUUUGCUCAGUUAAUUAUUUUGGUUCCUUUGAUAGGAAACAGGUGAGCAGACCACUUAGCUCAAUACUGCUUUAGCCCCAAUGUCCCUUUCCCUAUACUUGGGAUGUCAACAAAGGAAAUUCUCCCCUUCCAGAGCACUCGUUGAGGUCUUCUCAUGUAGUUGUGAAACAUCUUUUGGCAUCCUGAGUCUUCCUGUGGCAUCCCUUUGGCACUCAGGGGGAAGAUAUGCACAAGAAAGGGAGGCUUGUAGAGAGAGGGAGCAAGAGGGAGACUUUGGCCCACCCUCAAGAAGGAAUCUUCCCCUCCCACCCACUUGAGCAGUAGAGUUACAACAAGUGAAAUCAUUAUGAAAUGAGUCACCUUGAAGCGUAAGUACUUUGACCAAAGAAUUAAAUGCUAUGCAAAAGUGGCAUUAUUCUAAGAAAUGAGAAUUUGCUUUAAAAACCCAAACAAUCUUUUUAGAAGACGGAAUUGACCGGACUUUACAAAUCUUUAAUCCUAGUGGGCUAUUUAUUAAAAUGUAACUUCUGUCAUAUGUAAAAACAAACAAUGUUUAUUUGAUGCCUAGGGAGAUGGGGAAACAGGACAGGCUUUAGCUUCCUGAGGCUAUAGCUUCUCGUAUGACAGGUCAGGCUUGGGACAAAAGCCCUGUUAACUGACCAUCCCUGUAAAUGGGCUACGUUUUUCUGAAAGCUCCAGAAACUGAACAAAAACAAGUUGGAUUUUAUAGUGGUGUGGCCCAGAGUAUUUUGCUUUUUGUAACUGCUCUCUGAAUCUGUAGGCCCCCAUGAGAUAGGAAGAUCCUCCCCACCCCUGUAACCCUUGGACAAAUACUCUUUCCAUUUGAAUUUCCAGCCUAUUGUCUGCCUAUGUAUUUAUCCUAAGCUUAACAUGUUGGAGAGAGGUACCUGGACAAUGCUACUUGUUGGUCUGAGUAACUGAACUCAUAUAAAUUACUCUGCUUGUUGCUUCAAUGUAUGUAUGCAUUCAAUGUGUGUCUCUUUGUAUAUUGUGUGUUUGUUUGCAUUUUGCUUACAACAUAUGAUACAUAUUAAAUGGUACCUUGCCUACAGUAUUACUGGUAUUUAGACUAAUCCUAGAAAUAUUUGGCUAGCCUCAGCAUGAAUAAGGCAUUAUUUCCAUUGCCUUCUUCAUGGAAGCCUUUUUUUACUUUUGGUUAUGCUGAUGAAUUAUUCAUCUGAAUUAGGAGGAUAUACUUUUAUAUUUUAAGCUGCUGUGUACUAUGUUUAUAUAGAUUUAUUUUAAAAAUAAUGAAUACAGAAAUUGGUGUUGUGACCCAGGGUCACCCCUUACUCCUGUAUAAUGCCAGUCUAUCAUUAGUUGUUGGACUAGGAGCUCCUUCCUUCCAAUCCUUGGUUAAUACAAGUCACGUCUGAUUCUAUAGGAAGCAACCUUCACAGAAUUACAGUGAGACUAGCUCAGAACCUCUGAGAACUACAACAGUGGUUCUCACUCAUAGAAGUCUCUUUCUAAUGGCAUCUAGCCAAGGAAGAUGAAACAAGGUUUCAUUUAGACUUCCUUUUUUCCUGCUGCUUACUUUAUGGUACAGAAGAACUUUUCUUCCCUUCUUUUUCCUUUUUUUAAUGAGGUACUACCCAUAGCUUUUCAAAUCCCUACCUCACCUUCCCUGAGUUGAAGGCAUCAAGAUGGACCUGAGUUCCUCUGACCUGUGGCAGACCUCUCUUUAAGUCAAGAUACCCUUAACUUAAAAUCAAUCCAUCUCAGAUUAAAUUAGAUGAAAGACUUGAUACUAGUUUGUCACUCUUUUAAUAGUCUCAUUGCUGAAUUUGACCAAUAUUACAACUGUUUCAAAUAAAAAACUACACGAGGUUCUUCACAUUUAGUGUUCCCACCUAAGUCAGAGUUCUAUAGGAAUGAUUUUUUGGGAAUUGAGAUAUUUUGAUCCCAGCUCACAGCUUGGGAUUUUGUAUUUAAGAAACCAACCUCACCUUAGAAAUUUCUAAUUUAAUUAACCACUCAGUAUUUCUGUGCAUUUUCUUGUAUCUUAAUACCAACAGGUUGGGCACACCUGGAGUGACAAAAUAAUAAGAUUUAUUAUCAUAUUUUCUUUUGCCAUUAGAAGUACUUAUUAAUAAGCUGGUGCCAUCUUCAAAAGAGUCCUGGGCUUCUCUGACAGUAGUGAGGGUCAGUCAAUGGAUGGUCAGGGGUUUAGCUACUGGUACUAUGCAUCAUGGAUGGAAUUGACUGACCCAUUGUCAGUGGUCAGUACCAUUGUUUUCAGAUUUCCCUAAUUUUCACAGUCCCUGGACUUUCUAAUCUUUGGACAAUCUAAAAGACUAAGGACUACUCAGGAAUGACUUGAAGGAAACAAUUGUAAGUGGAGAAUGUGGUGGACAGAAAGAAGCCCCUUCAGUUAGGGGGUGUCAGUGUCAUAAAACACUCACCUGGAAGCAACCAGCUCUGCCCCCUCUGAUUUUUCCUUUUGGCUUGGUUGACCUGUGAGCAACCAGCUUUACUAACUCUGACUUCUUUUUUGGCUUAGUUGAGAGGUUCAAGGAUGCACCUUGAAAAAAAAGAUACCUUCCUGCCAAGUCUAGGGAUUCAUUUUGCUUAUUUAAAAAAAAAAAAAAAAAGUCCUUUAGCAAUCUUUUUUUUUUUUUUUUUCUUCUUUCUUAAAUUCACCACUGAAAUCCUCAUUCUACUGGAGGGCCAAGAAGAGAGUCCAAAGAGCUGUACCUUUGCUUCCACUUUGAAACUGCUGUGGACCUGACUUAGGACCUUUUCUUUUAACUUGGGCACUGAGACAAUUUAGCCAUCAAAUGCCAGAAAUACUUCUCAGUCUUUAAAACUCACACUAUAAGCAGAGCACAAAAGAGAUUCCUUACAGUAAUCAAAAAUAAAGUUUGUAUAUAGUGGUGCUAUAUUGGACUUAAAUAGUUCCUCCAUUCCUUGCAUGGGAUACCAAGUUACUUGAGCAGAAAAUCACUCCCAAGUCAGCUAGAUGAGCCCUCUUGCUCUCAAAUCUUGCUCCCUAUUUGCCUGCUUCCCUUAAAUUAGGCCAAACUGCUAAUCUGCCUGAGAAUUUGUGGUUUUCUUUCCUUUUGCUUUUUAAAGGUCAGGCACCAGCACCUCAUCAGAAGGGAUUCUUGGGAAACCUGACUGCUGAUGUACUAAAAUGAGGAAAAAAGCUACAAAGGGCAGUUUCUGAUUCCAUCUCAGUUCCCAGAUUAUCUGCCUUUUCUAAAUCAAUCUCUUUCCCUUUCUCCUUCCCUUCCUCCCUCACUCCUUCCCUCUUUCCUUCCCCUUUUCCCUCUCUCCUUCCCUUUUUCCCUUCCUCCUUCCCUUUUUCCCUCCCUCCUUCCCUUUCUCCUUCACUCCUUCCCUUUUUCCUCCCUCCUUCCCUUUCUCCUUCUCUCCUUCCCUUCCUUCCUCUCCUCUUCCUCCCUCUCUCCUUCCCUUUCUCCUUCCCUUCCUCCCAAUUUCCUUCCCUUCCUUUUUCCCUCCCUCCUUUCCUCUCUCUUUUCCUCCCUCAUUCUCCCUCCCUUUCUUCCUCUUUUCCCCUUUCUCUCUCUGGCUACAACUUCAGUGAAGUGGUAGACUAGUGAAUUUUUUCAGUCCUCCUGUACCUACAGUAUGACCUAUUUGGAUGAUCUUACAAUAGUACUCUGGCCCAUUGCAUGCUGGGAGUUGGUCUUCAUGGAGAGAAUUUCAGUAAAUACUUGAACCUGCAUGACAGAUUGUAGACUUGAAUGCCACAGUAAGAUAGUAUUACAAUAUGUGUAACUAUACUUAUGAUAGGGUUCCUUAAGUUUCCCUGGUUCAUUCAUAGUAAUUUAAGUGUAUCUGCAGUGACAUAAAGAUUCAUACACAUAAUGUAUCAUGCCACAGAAAAGGCUGUCUGCCACCUCUAAAUAUAUGUGUAUGUGUGUGUGUUUGUGUGUGUGUGUGUGUGUGUGUAUAUAUGAAUUUACUUGUAUGCAUAUGCAUCACUGUGUGGUUUGCAUAUCAAUAUAUGGUACAUGUAAACAUCAGAAAGAUUUUAAAUUUUAUUUUCUCAAAUAACCAGUGUGAUUUUAAAAAAUCCUAAUGGAAUUGGUUAUAUAGUUCAGCCAUUAAGAGUGUAUAGUAGCAUUGUUUUAUUAAUCAAAAAUUCAAAUAUUUUGUUUAAAGGGUUUUUAAUUGAAAAAAUUCUUAUGUUACAAUUUAGCCUGAAUUUCAAAAACUAUAGAGCAAAAUGACUAGCUACAGUGUGAUGGUUUCAUGGAACUAGUUAUAAACAUAUGUAUAUGUAUCCACAUAUGUUACUUAUAUAUGGAUACAUAUAUACACUAAGAGGAGAGCUCAUAGUGAUUUGAAAAGUAUAGGGGAAUAAAGGGAAAGAAAAACAGGAGACAGCCUGUCUAGUCUAAGUCUUGAGUAUUUACAGAAAUUAAAAUUUUUUAAAAAUUAAAAAAAAUAUAUAUAUAUAUAUAUCAGAUCAAGUAGUUAGUUUUGAUUGGGCUUAAUACAAUGUGUGCUUAUUUAAAGCACACCUUCUUUAUUGCUGUAAUUAGCCCAAGAGAACAGAGAUUUUCAGGAACACUAGAGAGGCUGAUACAAUGUCAUUUACAUAUUCAUAUAUAUUUUUCAAUGGAUAAGCCUAGGGCUGUUCCAUACCCUCUGAGAGUAAAGUAUCACAAAUAUGGCACCUGCAUAGUGGGGAUCUUCUCAAGGCAGGAUGCCAUCUUUUUAGAUUCAAAACUUAAAUUAGGUCUCCAUGAAAAUCUUGUUGCAGGCAAAGGCAUUUAGAACAGUUAAAUAGCUAAUAUUUUUGUACUUCAGUAUCACUGUUUUUCUGCCUCUCCCCAAAGAUGAGCCGCUGCCUUAGUUGUUUGAGCUUACCGCCUGUCUUAUAGUGUAGAAAUAUAUAACCAGAGACUCAGAUCUAUUAACUAGCAUGUUGGGUGUUUUUCAAGCAGUGACUGAGAGUGCGUAUGUGUGCGUGCAUGUGCAUAUGGUUCGAAUGCAGUGUCAGGCUUGUUUUCAAACACACUGCCCAAAGUUCUUUGCUUCUGUUUCUGAGAAGCAGGGGUCUAGGAGGGCAGAAUAAUUUCACAGCUCUGAACAGAGGCAGUAUGUUAGUUGUUUUUGGUUGUUUAUGUUCACUCUGUAGUCUCAACCUUUUUUUCCCCAAUUAUGUUUUUUCAUUCAUUUUAAAAUUUAGGUGGAUUGGCUCUGUGACUAAUAAGCAGAGCUUUUAGUUUUGCACCGGUAUAUUUCAUUUUUGGAAUUGUGGAGAUUUCUAUAAACAUCCAUUCAGUUCGCAAAUAAUAUAAAAGGAGUAGUUAGUGGAAAUGUUUCUCUUUAUGCCUUAAGCCUUUAAAGUAACAGGACUUUUGGGAAAGCCAUGAAGAUUUUUGUUUGUUUGUUUGUUUUAAUUUUUAAAAGCCAAGUAAGCACUGGGCCUGUGUAUAAAUACUAAUUUUCUGUUUUGAUUUUUUAAAAUUCCAGUUAGAAUAAUUGGAAUUUUUAGAUCUAAAGAAACAGAAGAAUUGACCAAACUGAAGUAUGGGUGAAUUAAGCAUUUCCCAUUUGACUUAUAUAUUAUAGUUAAUAAUUCCAAGUUCUUUGCCUUAGAGAUGAGGCACGAGAUUCCCUCCCACACACACAUUUAGAUUAUUGGGGGGGACGUUUACACAUAUCUGGGACCUUUAGCAGACAUAGACAUGUAUAUACAUACACAUACACAUGCAUGUUCACACUGUGAAUAGUCUGAAUUAUGCAAACCCAACUUCAUAAGGCUGAGAGAUUCACAGUGUUCAAAAGACAUGAUGAACAAGGGUCCAAGAACUGAAGCAGAGAAGUAUUUACCCAGGGUUUAAUAGUAAUUUCAGCUCUUAUGUUUUGACUUGCACUUUUUACCGAUCAAUAACUAUGCAUGUGCACAAAGACAGAUCCUUUCAUAUGGUAUCACUAAGUUAGAGCUUUGGGUAAUGCAUUCAUGAAGCUCCUCAGUAACUCACAGCAGCCAGGAGAAGCUCUGGAAGACCUUUUUCCUGAGAAGGAAAUGCUGUUGUGACAAUGUACCUCUUGGGGCAAAGAGUAAACAUGCAGGGAAGAGAGAGAAGAAUUGGCUCUAGAAGAUAUACGAUUAGUUUAUUCAUACCCUCUUUUACCUUAGAGCUGUGAAAGUAAUGAUCAAAUUGAAGAGUAGUCGGGCAUUUAUAGGAACAAAAAAAUGCACUUUUUUUUGGGGGGGGGAGGUCAAUGAUCAAGAUGAGAAUGGAGGUUGGGAAAGGACAUUGAUGAAGGUACAUUUUCCUUUGCAGGGUAAACUGUAAAUUCUGAAUAUUCACUAUAAAUAAAUACCUGGUCACUAUUUCUGGAAAUGUUACUUUGUGGAGAGAAUUUUGAAGUAUGACUUUUCCUUUUUAAUUUUCCCACCAGCUUCUGAGGGUUCGUGGGCUGUAUAUUCCUUCCUGAGGAGUAAGACUUUGAGGUAGUUUUUAGUUUAAGACUGAUAUCACCUAACUUGAGAUGUUCUCUCUAUCCCUGUUACCCUCCUGGAGGUUCAGAGCGUUUUAGUAUGUGCCAGAUUCUUACCAAUGGAGGUCGCUGCCCCUCAUGAUUUUAUCUGAUUCCGAGCUCUUUGAUGAGCAACACAUUUGAGUUUCCAAAGCUGAUUUCUAUGCCUUGGGAAUUCAACUGGACACCAGCUGGCAAGAGUGAGAGGCACUCCUUGAAGGGCAUUCCCCAGUAUGGCUGACCAGGGUCAGCGGAAUCCAGUCAAUCAUGACAUUGAUCUCAAAGUCACGUUUAAUGCACAUGAAAUAACAUAGCAUAUUAAACUCCUGACACUGGGGACAGAACUCUUCGUGCCUUUUUGCAUCCUAGAAAUGAAAUAGAAAAAAAACCCAAUUUGUAUUUUAUUUCUGUGGGUAGGGCCAGAAAGGCCUUUAAAACACUCUUGCUCAUCAGUGUUGCUCAGUCCAAAAAGAGGUUCCAAAUGAGGAUGGCACCCUCCAUAUCCAACAAGCAUCUUUUUUCUGCCUCGUGUUUUAGAAACCUUUUUCUAAAACUGUAAUUGAGAGUUCCAGCAGUGAUACAAGCUGAGAACCUCUAUCAACAGCAUAAAACUUAUGCUGUGGUUUAGGCAGAAUGAUCUUUGAAUAAAAUAACUUUUCUAUGGUGUUAAUUGGGCUACACUCGUUGUGACUCAAAAGUAGCUGGCAGAACAAUGCAACAUGUUUUUCCAGGGAAGUGGUGGGAAAAGGCAAAGUUUUAGAAAUAAUUUUUUUCCUCAAGCUGAGUGAGGUGGCUAAUCCCCCUCCAUCUUCAAAAUUUUCUCCACCCAAUAUUUCAAUUUCAUCUCAGCCCCCAGUGCCAUAUGUCCCCAGCAAAUGGUGAGUGUAAUUAGCAGCAAAGUAGCGAUCUACUCCAGAAGCAUUCUCAAACUCAACUAAGUUAGGGAUACCACACCAUGUCCUGCCUGCCAACACCACCCACUUGGUACAGGAAAGGUCAUUUCCUCGUAAAUUAAGGCAUUCAUAUGAUGGUCCUAUCUUGACUCAAACAAAGAUUAGUGUGGAUAUGGUGAAAGUGUUUAAAGAAUAUUUUGAAUAUUAAGUUUACAUUUUGCAAUUGCUUUAUUUUUCAUUAAGAUUGCUGUAUAUAAAUAUUGCCCUCGCUCAUUGUUGUUAAAGUAAACAAAAGUAUGUAGACAGUGAGUUACCUGACAUGUAUAGAAUCUGUGAUAUAUGGAGUACAUUUCUCUAUCGUGUAAAUGUUUAUGAUUAGAACCGUUCCUCUGUGUUUUUAUAGGUUGCAGAUAAUUUGUCGCUUUACGACGACAGAGUUUAUUGCAUUCAAAUGAUUUUUAUGUAAUAGAAAUCAUGCAAACCUAGUGAAGGAUUUAAAAUAUGUAUAUGAUAUAUGUAUAUGUACAAACUUUAGAAAGAAAUAAAUUCAAUGUAUUUCAACCUCUGUA